AUGUCCUCAUCAAUACCCCCACCAGUGGUACCCAACACUAAAUCAGAAUCACCGCCUGAUUCUCCGCAAUACGUGAUACCAAUAACACCAAAUUUGCCAAAAUCUCCGCCCGAUUUCAAUGGUACCAGAAGUUUCGAUCACAAUGACCCGAAAUAUCAGUGCUGCUGCCGCCAUAUGCAUAUCACUUUGGCAGCCCGAGUGGUCUCGGUGGCUUAUUUAUGCGGUGCAGUGCUCAAUGUCUUCCUGGCUAUUGCUACACAAGGUACCACUCUAGCAUUCUAUUCCGUUGCAUCGUUCGCAUUCGCUCUCGCAAUCUUCGGCACACUAAUUUAUGGCAUUUUCAAGGAAAAACGUCCUUUCAUUCUGCCAUACAUGAUUUUUCAGGUAAAUUUACUUUCUGCGCUGUGUGAUAAUUUUACAGAAAGUCAAUUUUUCGUCUAAGA